AGGAAUCUUACACAUUUCGCAGCCAAGCAACGGAAAAAAAAAGAGAGCGUAGCGUCUUGAUAAACGCCGCUCUUCUUCUCUUUCUCCCUCUCCGAUCUCAAAUUUUCUCGCCGUUCGUCGGUUUUUCUUACCGCGAAAAUGAGAGAGUGCAUCUCGAUUCACAUCGGUCAGGCUGGUAUCCAGGUCGGAAACGCCUGCUGGGAGCUUUACUGUCUCGAGCAUGGCAUUCAGCCGGAUGGCCAGAUGCCGAGUGACAAAACCGUCGGAGGAGGUGAUGAUGCAUUCAACACCUUCUUCAGCGAAACUGGUGCUGGAAAGCACGUUCCUCGUGCUGUUUUUGUAGAUCUGGAGCCCACUGUCAUUGACGAAGUCAGGACUGGAACUUACCGUCAGCUCUUCCACCCUGAGCAGCUCAUCAGUGGGAAGGAAGACGCUGCCAACAACUUUGCCCGUGGGCACUACACCAUUGGUAAAGAGAUCGUUGAUCUCUGCUUGGACCGCAUCCGCAAGCUGGCCGACAACUGCACUGGUCUACAAGGGUUCCUCGUGUUCAAUGCCGUUGGUGGUGGUACGGGUUCAGGUCUCGGUUCUCUCUUGCUUGAACGUCUCUCAGUGGACUACGGCAAGAAAUCGAAGCUCGGAUUCACUGUGUACCCUUCGCCCCAGGUCUCAACCUCUGUUGUGGAACCCUACAACAGUGUCCUCUCCACCCACUCCCUCCUCGAGCACACUGACGUGGCUAUUCUGCUCGACAACGAAGCCAUCUAUGACAUCUGCAGACGCUCCCUUGACAUUGAACGCCCUACUUACACCAACCUCAACCGCUUGGUCUCUCAGGUGAUCUCAUCCCUCACUGCCUCCCUGAGAUUCGACGGUGCACUGAACGUGGAUGUGACCGAGUUCCAAACCAACCUGGUCCCGUACCCAAGGAUCCACUUCAUGCUCUCCUCGUACGCACCCGUCAUAUCGGCGGAGAAGGCCUACCACGAACAGCUCUCAGUCGCAGAGAUCACCAACAGCGCGUUCGAGCCCUCGUCCAUGAUGGCAAAGUGCGACCCACGCCACGGCAAAUACAUGGCGUGCUGCCUCAUGUACAGAGGAGACGUCGUCCCAAAGGACGUGAACGCUGCCGUCGCGACCAUCAAGACCAAACGCACCAUCCAGUUCGUGGACUGGUGCCCGACCGGGUUCAAGUGCGGGAUCAACUACCAGCCGCCGACGGUCGUGCCGGGGGGUGACCUGGCGAAGGUCCAGAGGGCGGUUUGCAUGAUCUCAAACUCGACGAGCGUGGCCGAGGUGUUCUCAAGGAUUGACCAUAAGUUCGAUCUGAUGUACGCGAAGAGGGCGUUCGUUCACUGGUACGUGGGUGAGGGUAUGGAGGAAGGCGAGUUCUCGGAGGCGCGUGAGGAUUUGGCUGCUCUCGAGAAGGACUAUGAGGAGGUUGGUGCCGAGGGUGACGAUGGUGAGGACGAUGAUGGUGAGGAAUACUAGAGACAGAGAGAGAGAGAGUUCCCUCUUUUGCUAUGAGUGUUCAGUUUCUCCUGUGUUGUUUGUGGUUUUGAUAUGAUUGUGGUUCUUUAUUGAUGGGCUUCAUGGACCAGCCCAAGUUCUUGAAAUGGGCUUUUGGCUGAAUAUCGUCUUGGGCCUGAUUUCGGUUUUAAGGCUCACUAAUUAAGUAUCU